AUGUCCGGCCGCGGGAAGCAGGGCGGGAAGGCGCGGGCCAAGGCCAAGUCGCGCUCGUCGCGGGCCGGGCUGCAGUUCCCCGUGGGCCGCGUGCACCGGCUGCUGCGCAAGGGCAACUACGCGGAGCGGGUGGGCGCCGGCGCCCCGGUGUACCUGGCGGCCGUGCUGGAGUACCUGACGGCCGAGAUCCUGGAGCUGGCGGGCAACGCGGCCCGCGACAACAAGAAGACGCGCAUCAUCCCCCGCCACCUGCAGCUCGCCAUCCGCAACGACGAGGAGCUCAACAAGCUGCUGGGCAAGGUGACCAUCGCGCAGGGCGGCGUGCUGCCCAACAUCCAGGCCGUGCUGCUGCCCAAGAAGACCGACAGCCACAAGGCUAAAGCCAAGUGAACGCAAGGGAAAGGCGGCACGUUAUCUGCUCCGAAGAAAAUAAUCCAAAGGCUCUUUUCAGAGCCACCCACAAAAUCAUAAAAGAGCUCAUUUAUCCACUGUA